AUGGUGGAAAGUGAAAAAUGUAAUACCCUAAAAAUGGCUUUUGAUAAAUAGAACAAGUAUGCACUAUAGGCAGCAGCGGUGACCGCAGUAGUAGACUCUUCGGUCUCCUGAUCAGUCGCCGUGCGCUGUGCGGGUUCGAAUCCCGUCCCAGGAGAAAUUUUUCUCUUGGCUAUGGAUGUUGUGAUUGUCCGUAGGAGAAGACAUGAAAUUUCUCCGUUACAUGUGAGAUGUGUAGCCAAUUUAAUUCAGUUUGGCAAAACAAGAAUCGAAAGUUGUCUUAACCAAGCUUUUAGGCAGCACACUUCUAGAUACCGUAUGUUUUUUGGCAAAACAGGAAUUACCGUUCAUUUUGAAGGGGUGCUAGUGCAGAGAUCGCCAUAA